GUGAGAGUUUUAAAUGGCUUUGGUAAUGCAGACAAGAUUCAAAAUUUCUCUCUGCUCUUGUCCAGAAAGCAAUGAGUCACAGAAAAUCCUUGAAAACACCAAAUAAUUGAGUCAGAUUCCUGCAGGCAAAUCUGAACAUGUAAAGGACCAUGGCUGAAACUGCAGUUUGCCUGGGAACAUUCAGUGCUGUGAAGACACUCUGGGAAGUGAGAAUACACAAGAUAAAUGAAGAAUUACAGAAAGAAAAGGAAUUCAGGCAGAGGUCUGCAGGAAGGCUACUUCUUGUCUGGGAGGAGAGAGCUGCUUUAGCAAAGCUCAAAGAAAAAGUUAUUAAUGAAGGUGGAAGAGCAAUUUUAAGGAUAGAGGAAGAAGAAUGGAAGACAUUACCUUCAUGCUUAUUGAAACUAAUCCAUCUCCAGGAAUGGCAGCUUCACAGAACUAGUUUGCAGAAAAUUCCUCAAUUUAUUGGAAGAUUUCACAGCCUUGUUGUUCUGGAUCUAUCCCGGAACUCAAUUGAAAGUGUACCUAAAGAAAUUGGCCAGCUGACCAGUCUCCAAGAGCUGCUUCUCAGUUACAACAGAAUAAAAUCUGUUCCUAAGGAAAUAAGUAACUGCAUCAGUCUGGAAAGAUUGGAACUGGCUGUCAACAGAAGCAUCUGUGAUCUUCCUCCUCAGCUCAGCGACUUAAAGAAGUUGUCACACAUAGAUUUAUGCAUGAAUCAGUUUACUGCCAUCCCUUCAGCUCUCCUCAACAUGCCCAAUCUAGAAUGGUUAGAUAUGGGGGGAAACAAACUCCAGCAGCUUCCUGAUGCAAUUGACAGAAUGGAAAACCUCCACACUUUAUGGCUCCAAAGGAAUGAAAUAAACUAUUUGCCAGAAACCAUUGGUAAUAUGAAAAAUCUUAGUACUCUUGUUCUUAGCAACAACAAACUUAAGAAUAUUCCAGCUUGUAUGAAAGACUUGACAAAUCUGAGAUUUGUCAACUUCAGAGACAACCCACUGGAGCUAGAGGUAACACUCCCUCCGUGUGAGAACACAGAUGAGGAGGAGCAACAGGAAAUGUUUGGCAUUGACUUCAUGCACAUGUAUAUCCAGGAGUCACUCAAGAAAACAGGAAAUGUGGAAAGUUGUACUUCUGGUUCUCCUCCUGUCAUGAAUCCUACUGAAGAAAGAAUGUAACUGUGAAUGAAAAAAAUAU